AUGGCAAAACCAGCAAAAUCCACUAACCAAAGCAAACUAGUAAGCAAAAAAAUUUUAACUGAUCGCAUUAGUGCUAAUUUAAGUAAAAAACAUUCUCUUUCUAAAAAUCAAAUUGAAACUGUCUUAACUGAAUUCUUAGAAGAAAUUAAAAAAGCCUUAAUCAAAGGAGAAGAAAUGAGAUUCCCGGGUUAUUUAUCUCUAAAAACUACUAUUCAAGCUGCCCGGGUAGCCAUGAACUUACAAACUAAAAAAAAAAUGACUAUUCCGGCUAAACGAGUUCCUAAAUGUAAAUUUAGUGAAGAUUUGAAAAAGGAAAUUAGGAAAAGAGUAGUUAUUAUUCCUUUUACUACCACUCCAAUGCCUGAUAUUCCUUUUCAUAUUCCCAUUGAGUUUGAAGGAAAGCCAGGAAAGAUACUACCCGAACAAAUUCGUUCAGUAGAUAAAAAGAGAGUGGGCAAAAUAAUAGGAGAGUUGCCCGAAGAAGUUAUGUUAAAAAUAGAAGAAAUGCUUCAUUUGCUUCUUAACUUUAAAUGUUAG